AAGCAGUCUCCAAGGUGCUUGGAUCGGGCGAAGCAGAACGCGGGUUGAGUGAGAAGAGUUGAUGCUGUUUUUGUAUACCAGGUUUUUGUUUUUGUUAGCUUUGUAGAAGCUUAUUGCGCAUUGUGAAAAAUGAAGUUUCAUCUAAAAUCAAGACCCGUGUCAGAGUUAGGUGACCUUAAGCUGUUCCAUCAACAGUGGCAGUGGAAGGUGAUGUAACUGCUGAUGUGUGGCAGUCUCGAAGGUGCUGUUUGCAACCCCCUGAAGGGAGUCAAGUUCCUUGUGCGGCCUCUGAAGACGUCAUCGGCGUUUCUUAGAAGCUUAGUGAAUGCGUGAAGGCUGCUGCGACUUCAGUGUAAACCCUUCGGCUGUCAUAACAUCUGGUUUAUUCAUUUCCUUGAUCUUGCCGAGUGUAUGGAAGUAAUUUGGCGCAAGCGAAGUUGUUGUAAGGCAACAUAUGCUCCGCUCAUUUCAGCACUGAAAUCAGAUUUAAAUGUUUUCCUAGUACAGAAUUCAGGGAUGGGUUAUAAGCGAGACCAUGAUACAGAAUAGAUUUGGGGGGAGGGGGGUUAUGCGAAGUACCUGUGUUGGAAUAGUCUUAAAACUGUUUCAGAGGUUAUGAUAGUUUUAUCAAACUACCAGUUACCUUAAGAUUUUCGUAUUGGUGUCUUUUUUUUUAGGUCUGUGUUUAAAGAUGCAAAAGGUGCACCUAACUUUAUACAGGAAAUUUAAAAUAGUUCUCGCUUCAUUACAUACUGGAUAACAAAUAUAUGUGGAUAUUUGGUAAACUUAAAAAUAUCGAAUAGAGGCCCCGUUCUUUUUAAUUAAUUCAAGAAUUUGCCAUUUUUCUAGAAGUAAUUUUUUUCCUAUAAGUGCCGUGAUAUCCAUGGUACUCCUGUAAAGAAUUAUACACUCUUGUUUAACUACCUACAUGGCUAUGAAUUCUAACGUGUUUUGUGCGCUAAGACUGAUUAUUUUGUAUAGAUUUCUAUAUCCGAAAGUGAAACUCCUGCAUCAACCACACGAGUGACAAAUGGACCAUGAAUUAAUCACUUUUAAUUCAUUCUGUGCGUGACUUGCCGUCUGUUGCGUCAAUUUAAGUCGCGGAUUGAAUUAUGUGAACAGACUUUAAUUUUCAGUUAAAAGUGUGUAAUAAAUGUGUGUGUGUGCGCGAGAGAAAGUCAAUAUGGUGUGAGCUAAGGUCUAUUUUGUUGCAUACUUGACUGCGAAGAAGGACCGUGUGAACAGUUGCGUUUUAUUUCAUCUAACUAAGCGGUGUUACCAGGCAUGGGACGUCAUAGAAUUAUCAUCUCCGGUUUGUUCCAGAGGACCGCAACCCACCUGACAGCUGCACUGAGUAAGUAAAGCUGGUUUGCUGACUUCCAGUUGACCUGCCCGUGUGGGAACAUACUUAUUCUCCGUGGCCACCUUUUCUGGAUGGUGUUGGACCCCAAGAAUAGCAGCCACAAUGACUAUGGCAGUAUCCAGACUCAGAGUAAUGGUAUCAGUGGUGGUCCACAUCACCAGCAUCAUACUGUAGACAUUCCGGGCAUAGCCCACCAGUCCUGUAGUGAUGAGACAGGGCUGCAUAGCGACAACGAGAGUGUCCGCCUGACUCGCGAUAUGACCCAAUCCGACCUAUAUCAGCGACAGCCGCUGCUCCCCCCCAGCACAAAGGCCAAUGCCUGGACAAGCAACAACACAGGCGAUAUCCUCUCCCCUCCCAUUGAGUACUAUGAUGAAGAUGACAAGACAGAUGGGUUGGCCAUCCAUCGGGGUGGUGUACCCAAUGGAGUUAUCAAAAUCGAUAUUCCAGCACCUCUUCGAGAAGAACCACGAUUUCCUAAGGAGAAAUGGAAAACUUUUAUUGCAUUCUUGAUAAUGGCUUCAAGUUUUAUGGCAACCACGAUGACCUUGGCUCUAAUCCAUGAGCGAGUGCCUGACAAGGAUGUUGGCCCCUUGUCAGAUGUGUUCCUGGAUUCAGUGGCAGAGGCAGCUUGGGCACUCGAUGUCUCAGAGAUACUCAUCAUGAUAGCCACCACUGCGGCAUCCUUCGUUCUUGUCUUCCACAAGCACCGGUUCAUCGUAAUGCGACGGGUGUUUUUGAUCCUGGCAGCCUUGUACCUGAUGCGCUCUGUUACAAUGUUUGUGACUGUUCUGCCAGUCUCCAGUCACAACUACUACUGCUCACCAAAGAUGAACACCACCAGCGGUAUUGUGGUACUAAAGCGAGCCUGGCAGUUGAUGACUGGUUUUGGUCUCUCCAUCAACGGGAAGCAUACGUACUGUGGAGACUACAUAUACAGUGGCCACACUGUGAUUCUAGUCUUGAGUUACCUAAUCAUAGGGGAAUAUUCUCCACGGAGGUGUUUCCCUGUCCAUUGGUUAUCCUGGUGUUUAUCUCUGACUGGAAUUGUUAUGGUGCUCUGGUCACAUGGACACUACACAGUGGACGUCAUCAUUGCAUACUAUGUCACCACCACUCUGUUCUGGAUAUAUCACACUCUUGCCAAUAAUGCAAAUCUCAAGCAAAAUGGUCCAAACAACUUCCUUUCACGGAUGUGGUGGUUCCCAUUAUUUUGGUACUUUGAGAAGAAUGUUGGAGGUCCAGUGCCACGCCAGUAUGAGUGGCCUCUGCCAUGGCCUCGGCGAUGCCAUGGAAAACAUCCUAACCGGAACAGUUAGUGAGAACAGAAUCUCUGUGCUUGCAGUUGUGACUUUUAUUUUUCCCUUUCAGCAGUGUGUUUAAAUGCAGAAAUGUGUUAACAUAUGAAAUGAAGCAUUGUGAAGUGUACCAAGCAAUGAGGCUGUGCUGAGGAUGUCAGGGUUGAUUACAGCUAACAUUGAUUGUGGGAACUCUUCUCACUCUUCAGUAUUUUCUGUCAAGAAACAAAGGUUGAAUAUACAUGUUAUGUUGGUGGCUGCAGAAACCUUAACUGUCAUGGCUAAGGUUAAUAAGUUGUUAAGCAUAUCUCAUUCCUGAUGGCAGGCAGCCAGCAAUAUGAUAAUGCCAGAACAUGAUAAGUAAGGGGUAACGUACAAACUGUCAGGGUAUAUUGUGUCUCACUAUACUAUAAAAGACACGUUGAGAAGGAGACACAAACAUUUGUUUCGUUGCUUUAUGCAUGGGCAUCUCCACAGUGGCAUGAAUGAUGAAGCAUUUAGCAACAUAACUCCUUAUAUCAUGCUUUGUGUCAAACUGCUGUCCUUAGUGGUAUUUGUGUACAAACUUUGUUAGAAGUGUUGAAGGGAAUUGUGUCAUUACCUGUGUCGUGGUGUCAGGGUUGUCGGAAUAUUAAAGGUUGGGGAUGAUAAUAUAUUCUGUUUGAAUUCCAGCACUGUGCACAUUUGUAGUGCUUGUAUUUAAAAUGAGACUUAAUUUUUUCUUUUAUUUAUUUCUGUGGUAUAGAUAAGGAAUUAAUGGUUAAUGGAUAGGAAGGAGGGGGAGAGAGGUAUUUCAAGAAUAACAUAAAAUAUUUAUCCAAAAUUAUUUCACAUAAAUUAUCUUUGACAUCUUUGUCGUGGUUGUAUUAGCUUCAGAUCUGUCACCUGGAAUUUGGAAGAUAACAAAAUCUCUGAUCCUGUGGUACUGACAAAUUCUGACUCCUGAAUAAUGGUAUUAAUGUUGAAGAAAUGCAAUUCUAGGCCUCCUGAAAUGUGCAUGUCUGUGUCACAAUAAUGUGUCAUUGUGAUGAUAAGGGUUAACUGUUGUAAGUUACUAGGUUUUCAAACUUUGUCCAUUCUCCAGUACCAGAUGAUGGACAAAGUUCAGAACCCAAUAAUUCUGAGCAUUAUAUGCCAUCAUCAGAACCCUUUAGUAUCUAACUGUUGUAAAAUUUGUCAUGUACAUUCCAGUGUAUGUUGCGCGACUUAUUAACAUGGAAGUAAGUAUUCAAGUAGUACACAAUAGAUCAUAGACGGUUACAGCACACAUUAUGUCAGCCCCUUUAAGGCAGCGUCUGCAUAAGCGCACAAAAUGCGUCCGUUGUAACAAACGUCGUGACGUCCAUUGUAGAAAUAAACGAGAGGCAUGCUAAGCUUUCUUCUGGCUCCAUUGCAGACAAAAAAUUACGCACCCAAUUCGGCAACUGUGUGGUGUCCUCAGCACCGUCAUAAAGUACCGUUCGUUGCAACAGACUAAUUCUUGUGCUCGUGUAGAAGCUGCCUAAUCUGAAUACCCAUAUACAGGGCAGGUAUACAAAUUGUGACACAGUACUACAUUAUACAGAAAAAUUUAAAUUUAAAAAUAUAUGCUAUUUACAUUUCAUGUAACGUCUUUACAGAUGAUUUGCUUUGUUACCUCGUAAAUAUGUUGGUGUUUAUGAUUAUGUUUUUGAGAACAUCUGAAGCAUAAUUGAAUGUUCUGAAUGGUAUGGUGCAUGUGCUUUUGAUUGCAAACACGCAGUUGAGUUUAGUAUUUUGUAUUUCUGCUCUGGGCUCACCCCUAAGUUCAAAUGCCAAUGAACAAAUCUGUGAUGUGUGAAGUGGUGAGGGAGACAUUAUGGUAACAGCCAGCCAAAGUGUCCCCUCUCCUGGAUUCUCCUCCCAGCCUCAGAGUUGAACAGGGUUCCUAAACAUGCUCAGGUCUUAACAUUAGCUCUGCAUGAAUGGAAGAUGCCAGCAAAUGGGUGAGAGAAUGAAGAGCAAAGUAAGGCAAUGAUGCAUGAUAAAAAUAAAUUUGGAUAUGUCCAAGUUUUCACAUCGAAAAACAAUAUAUAUGGGUAAUUAAUCUUGAAGUCGUUAUAAUAUGAAAUAAAGGCCGCACCAUAGCUUAAGCGGUUAGUCGCUGGCUUACCACCGCGGCAGCUCGGGUUCAA